CCCCUAUUUAAAAUCACUCUCCCCUUCGACUACUCAUUCCAUCUCACCUCAAACUCUAUAGCUUAAACCUUAAAUAAUCAGUUUUGAUCGAAUCAAGAGAUUUCCAUAAGUUUAAACUUUCACUCUUUGAUCAGUACGGCGGGGCUACUAAUUAAGGUUCUUGGAAGAUCUUGUUUUGUUUCAACAACAUUGGAGAAUGAAUGGCAAGAAGGGUAGUUUUGAGAUCAACAUUCCUUCAGUUACCAAAGCUAAAGUGCCCCCUACCGGUCAGGAAUCCGGCGGUGGCACCGACGCUGGAUUCUCCUGCAAAGAAUGGGCUUUGAGAGUUUGGGCGUUCUGCAAAGAAGACAGCAAUAGGGUGCUGUUUUCUUUCAAGGUUGGCCUUGCUGUUCUUCUUGUGUCUCUGCUCAUUCUAUUUCGGGCACCUUAUGAAGUGUUUGGCACCAACAUCAUCUGGUCAAUCCUCACAGUUGCUAUCAUGUUUGAAUAUACAGUUGGUGCCACGUUUAACCGAGGAUUUAACCGCGCACUUGGAAGCUUGUUAGCAGGGAUUUUAGCGAUUGGUGUAGCUCAAAUGGCCUUAAGCUCCGGCCAAGUUGCACAACCUAUUAUAAUCGGAAUCAGUAUCUUUGCCAUUGGGACUGUGACAUCUUUCAUGAAAUUGUGGCCUUCUCUUGUGCCAUACGAGUAUGGUUUUCGAGUCAUACUGUUUACCUACUGCUUGAUCAUAGUUUCGGGUUAUCGGAUGGGAAACCCUAUCAGAACUGCCAUGGACAGGCUCUACUCGAUCGCGAUUGGAGGCAUCGUAGCUGUUCUAGUGAAUGUGCUCAUUUUUCCUAUAUGGGCGGGGGAGCAGCUGCACAAGGAACUAGUCAGCAGCUUUGGUGCAGUUGCUGAUUCACUUGAAGAAUGUGUGAGGAAGUAUCUAGAAGAUGAAGGUUUUGAUCUGCCAGAGUUCUCCAAGACUAUCAUGGAUGAGUUCCCAGAUGAGCCAGCCUACAGGAAAUGUAAAUCCACAUUGAAUUCCUCUGCAAAACUAGAAACCCUGGCUAAUUCAGCAAAAUGGGAGCCACCCCAUGGCAGGUUCAGGCACGUCUUCUAUCCAUGGUCGGAGUAUGUCAAGGUCGGGGCAGUUCUUCGAUACUGCACGUACGAGGUCAUGGCACUUCACGGUGUUCUUCACUCUGAAAUCCAGGCGCCAUACAACCUAAGAGUCACAUUCCGGACAGAGAUCCAAGAAGCCACAAGCGAAGCCGCCGAGCUACUCAGAAGCCUGGGGAAGGACAUAAGCAACAUGAAACGAAGCCCCAACACAUCCCUUCUCAAACGGCUUCACAGCUCCACGGAGCGGCUCCAGCGCGCCAUCGACACCCAUUCCUAUCUCCUUACUUCCACCUACGACGCCGCCGCCGCCGACAAUCCAUCGAAGCCGCUUUCCAGCCGGCUUUCUCACGCCUUUUCUUCAACCCUCCGCGACCUCUCCACCCAACUCGCCGACCUCGACAAGGCCGCCGCCGACGAUGACCAGGCCUCACCGGAGAAGCUUCCGCUUCCGCUUCCGCUUCCGCUUCCGCCGCCUCAGCCGGCGGAGACUUACCACGAGAUGAUGAGGAAGCAAUCGAGGAGGCUGCAUUCAUGGCCGCCGAGAGCAGUGGAUGCCUUCGAAGAAGAGGGAGGCUUUGCUGCUGCGGCUGCGGAUUUCAACGUUCCCAGAAUGAAGGCCCUUGAAAGCACAGCUUCCCUGUCUCUCGCCACUUUCACUUCGCUUCUCAUUGAAUUCGUCGCUCGGCUGGAUCACUUGGUGGAGGCUGUCGACGAGCUCUCAAAGAUGGCUAAGUUCAAGCAAGUGUUGUAGUCGACUGAUAAUUGAAGGAUAGCCCCCCCACCUAAUAGUCCAAUGUCUUAAUCUCGCCUCUAAUUAUGUUUACAACAUCAUAAUCUUACUUAUUACAAGUGAUUAACUUCUCAUUUCAUAUACUUACCACCUCUUGUAUUG